AUCUUCCAAUUCCAGACCCCUCUUCAUUUCAUUGCAAUAAUCAGUGUACAUUCAUCUUUCUUUUUUAGUUCCUCCUCCUGCUGCAUUUUUUCCCAAGCCUUUUCCUUUCCCUUUCCCUUUCCCUUUCCCCUUGUCGUGUCCCACUUUUCGGACUCUUCGCAAGCAAUAAUCAUCCCGUCACUUCACUCCCUCCGAACCCCAGAAAACCAGUUCCCUCAUCUUCAAAAUCUCGUCUUGGGUUUUCUUCUUUCUUUAGGCUUUGUCUAAAGUGUUUCUUUUUCCGUUUUCUUUGAGCACCAUGGAUUCUUCCAUCUAUGGUGUCUCUUCCUCCAAGAUCUUCCUUUUCUUCUACUUCUUCUUUGUUUCGUUUGCCAUUGCUGCAUUGCCUCAAAACCCAUCCGGGAAAUCCUUUUCUUCAUCAGCUUCCGGCCAGAUUAACUCAAACUCGGUCCUUGUUGCUCUCCUUGACUCGCAUUACACUGAGUUAGCUGAACUGGUUGAAAAAGCUUUACUUCUCCAAACUCUUGAAGGAGCUGUUGGCAAACACAACAUUACCAUUUUCGCCCCUCGGAAUGAAGCCUUGGAGCGUCAACUCGACCCGGAAUUCAAACGGUUCUUACUUGAACCUGGAAACCUCAAGUCCCUUCAAACCCUUCUCAUGUUCCACAUUAUCCCAAAACGGGUCGGAUCCCACCAAUGGCCCGACCCCAAAGCCGGACCUGUCAAACACAACACCCUGUGUAACGACCAUCUCAACUUAACGUCCAAAUCUACCGGCAAGAAAACUGUGGACUCAGCAGAGUUGAUUCGACCCGAUGACGUGAUCCGACCGGACGGAGUGAUUCACGGUAUCCAGCAGCUCCUCAUUCCCCGCUCCGUCAUAGAAGACUUCAACAAGAGACGUAAUCUGCGGUCAAUCUCCGCCGUAUUGCCUGAGGGUGCACCGGAAGUGGAUCCUCGCACCCACAGGUUGAAGAAGCCAGCGCCGGUGCCAGUUGGAGCACCACCGGUACUCCCAAUCUAUGACGCGAUGGCUCCAGGUCCUUCUCUGGCACCGGCGCCAGCUCCGGGACCUGGUGGACCUCAUCAUCAUUUUGACGGUGAGAGCCAGGUCAAGGAUUUUAUCCAAACUUUGUUACAUUACGGUGGGUACAAGGAAAUGGCUGAUAUUCUAGUAAACUUGACUUCUUUAGCCACGGAAAUGGGGAGAUUAGUUUCCGAAGGAUAUGUUAUUACGGUCUUGGCUCCGAAUGAUGAAGCCAUGGCGAAGCUCACUACUGAUCAGUUAAGCGAGCCAGGGGCGCCGGAACAGAUUAUAUAUUACCAUAUUAUUCCCGAGUAUCAGACCGAGGAGAGUAUGUACAAUGCGGUUAGGAGGUUUGGGAAAGUGAGAUAUGAUACGCUGCGUUUGCCGCAUAAGGUAGUGGCUCAGGAGGCUGAUGGUUCGGUGAAGUUCGGCCAUGGUGAGGGUUCUGCGUAUCUGUUCGAUCCGGAUAUCUAUACGGAUGGGAGGAUUUCAGUUCAGGGGAUUGAUGGGGUCUUGUUCCCGGAGGAAGAGACUCAGACUGUCCAGAAACCAGCUGCUGUUAAGGUUGCCAGCAAGCCCAGGAGAGGGAAGUUGUUGGAAGUAGGGUGUUGGAUGCUUGGCACUCUCGGGCAGGAUUCGCGAUUUCGCUCAUGUCAAUGAAUGAUAUAAAAUUAUAGUCUCAAGAAGGAAAAAACAGGAAACCAAGCACAUCAACCGAAAGCAAAGGUGAAAAUUACUUUCUCCGGGGUAAAGAUGCUUUGUCAUUUGCCGUUGUUGUAGGGUAAGUUUUGUGUCAUAAUACACUGGAGGGGGAGUGCUGGUGAUGUCCUCAAAAUGCCCACAGAAGAGAAAGUUUGCUGUUAUUUUGUCAUAAAUACUGUAAUUACAUACCAUUUUUUAAUUAUUUCUGUGUAUGAUUCACUGCCUCUUAUAUCAUAUGCAUAAUGCAUGAACAGCCUUGAAAAGCUGUGUUUUCCAUCCUAUCAAAUCAAGGGUUCUGUUCCUUUUUGCC